AUGAAUCAAGACCCAACACAACAACUAGAGCCGUUUCUCAAACGAUUUCUUGCAUCGUUAGAUUUACUGUACACACAGCCAACAUCACAACCAUUCCCCAACGUUGAAUCGUAUGCCACUCAGUUAGGAUCAAACUUAAAGCGGUCAAGUGCAAUUAUAGUGAACGGCCAGCCUAUUAUACCGAGCCCACAAGAAGACUGUAAAUUACAAUUCCAAAAGAAAUGGUUACAAACUCCGUUAUCGUCACACCAAUUGACAAGUUACGAUGGGCAUUUAAUUCCAGGCACGGGGACCUUUGUCGUUCAUUUUUCAGCAAAAGUAAGAUUUGAUCAAAGUGGAAGGAACCGGUUAGGUGAAUCUGCCGACUUGUUUCAGGAAAAUAAUUCAAUUGUUUCCAAAACCAAUCAAAGACCUAUUUGGGGUUCGUGGUUUGGAGUCGACGUCAAUUUGGUUGUUGACGAAAACGUUAUGCAAGAUGGAGAGAUUAUAAAUAGUAUGGAUUAUAGAUUUACCUAUGUACCUAACGAUAGCAUUAUAAAAGUAUAA